CGCGGCGCGGCGCGUCGUUCUCCGCUCACCCCACGAGCCGCAGCGGCCUCGAGCCCGAGCGCCCCGCGGCCGCCGGCGCGGGCCGAGGGCGAUGGGGCUGGGCUGAGAGGCGAGGCGGCGGUGGCGGCGGCGACAGCGGCGGCCCCUUGGUGGCUGCGGCCGGGAGGCCGCCGAGGAGACGGCGCGGCCGAUCCGACCGAAACAUCCUAGAAUCUUGGUGUCUGGACAGAGGAGUUGUCUUGACGUGUUUGGAAGCACAAGAUUUUCCCAAUCCUUGUAGAUAUGGACAAAGAAGAAAGGAAGACUAUCAACCAGGGUCAGGAAGAGGAAAUGGAGAUUUAUGGUUACAAUGUGAGCCGCUGGAAGCUGGCUGUGGUUUCUUUAGGAGUGAUUUGUACUGGCGGGUUCCUCCUCCUCCUCCUCUAUUGGAUGCCCGAGUGGCGGGUGAAGGCGACCUGUGUUAGAGCUGCAAUUAAAGACUGUGAAGUGGUGCUGCUGAGGACUACUGAUGAAUUCCAAAUGUGGUUUUGUGCAAAAAUUCGCUUUCUUCCUUUGGAAGCUCCCCCAUUUUUGAGUCCAAAAUCUACAGUUAAUAAGUUUUCCAAUGGCCAUGCAGUUCAUCUAACUGAGAAUUUGACUGAAGAGAAUAGGCAGGAGAUGACUAAAUAUUCCCAGACUCAAUCUCAACAGAUUCGUUAUUUCACCCACCAUAGUGUAAAAUAUAUCUGGAAUGAUGCCAUUCACAAUUUUGAUUUCUUAAAGGGACUGGAUGAAGGUGUUUCUUGUACGUCAAUUUAUGAAAAGCAUAGUGCAGGACUGACAAAGGGGAUGCAUGCCUACAGAAAAUCGCUUUAUGGAGUAAAUGAAAUUACUGUGAAAGUGCCUUCUGUUUUUAAACUUCUAAUUAAAGAGGUUCUCAACCCAUUUUACAUUUUCCAGCUGUUCAGUGUUAUUCUGUGGAGUACUGAUGAAUACUAUUACUAUGCCCUAGCCAUCGUGGUUAUGUCCGUAGUCUCAGUUGUAAGCUCGCUCUAUUCCAUCAGAAAGCAAUAUGUGAUGUUGCAUGACAUGGUGGCAGCUCAUAGUACUGUAAGGGUUUCAGUUUGUAGAGUGAACGAAGAAAUAGAAGAGAUCUUUUCCACAGACCUUGUGCCAGGAGAUGUCAUGGUCAUUCCAUUAAAUGGGACAGUUAUGCCUUGUGAUGCAGUGCUUAUAAGUGGUACCUGCAUUGUGAAUGAAAGCAUGUUAACAGGAGAAAGUGUUCCAGUGACAAAGACUAAUUUGCCAAAUCCUUCAGUGGAUGUUAAAGGAACCGGAGAGGAGUUAUAUAGCCCUGAAACACAUAAACGACACACUUUGUUUUGUGGGACCACUGUCAUUCAGACUCGUUUCUAUACUGGAGAACUUGUCAAAGCCAUAGUAGUUAGAACAGGAUUUAGUACUUCCAAAGGACAACUUGUCCGUUCCAUAUUGUAUCCCAAACCAACUGAUUUCAAACUCUACAGAGAUGCAUACUUGUUCCUUCUGUGUCUUGUGGCAGUGGCAGGCAUUGGAUUCAUCUACACUAUUAUCAAUAGUGUUCUAAAUGAGGUAGAAGUUGGGGUAAUAAUUAUUGAGUCUCUUGAUAUUAUUACAAUCACUGUGCCACCUGCACUUCCUGCUGCAAUGACUGCUGGUAUUGUAUAUGCUCAGAGAAGAUUGAAAAAAAUUGGCAUUUUCUGUAUCAGUCCCCAAAGGAUUAAUAUCUGUGGACAGCUGAAUCUUGUUUGUUUUGACAAGACAGGAACUCUCACUGAAGAUGGUUUAGAUCUUUGGGGGAUUCAACGAGUGGAAAAUACACGAUUUCUUUUACCAGAAGAAAAUGUUUGCAAUGAGAUGUUGGUAAAAUCUCAGUUUGUUGCUUGUAUGGCUACGUGCCAUUCACUUACAAGAAUUGAAGGAGUGCUUUCUGGAGAUCCACUCGAUUUGAAAAUGUUUGAAGCCAUUGGAUGGAUUCUAGAAGAAGCAACUGAAGAAGAAACAGCUCUGCAUAAUCGGAUCAUGCCUACUGUGGUGCGUCCUCCCAAACAGCUGCUCCCUGAGACCACGCCUUCAGGGGACCAGGAAAUGGAGCUGUUUGAACUUCCAGCUGUUUAUGAGAUAGGAAUUGUUCGCCAGUUCCCAUUUUCUUCUGCGUUGCAACGUAUGAGUGUGGUGGCACGGGUGCUAGGAGACAAGAGAAUGGAUGCGUACAUGAAGGGAGCCCCUGAGGUCGUGGCCAGUCUCUGUAAAGCUGAAACAGUUCCUGUUGAUUUUGAAAAAGUUUUAGAAGAGUACACUAAACAGGGCUUCCGUGUUAUUGCUCUUGCACACAGAAAAUUAGAAUCAAAACUGACAUGGCAUAAAGUACAGAAUAUUAACAGAGAUGCCAUUGAAAACAACAUGGAUUUUAUGGGAUUAAUUAUAAUGCAGAACAAAUUAAAGCAAGAAACCCCUGCAGUACUUGAAGAUUUGCAUAAAGCCAACAUUCGCACAGUCAUGGUCACAGGUGACAACAUGUUGACUGCUGUUUCCGUGGCCAGAGACUGUGGGAUGAUUCUACCUCAGGAUAAAGUUAUUAUUGCUGAAGCAUUACCUCCAAAGGAUGGGAAGGUGGCCAAGAUCAACUGGCAUUAUGCAGACUCGCUGCCCCAGGGCAGCAGCGUACCAGCCAUUGACUCGGAGGUGAUUCCAAUUAAAUUGGUUGAUGAUAGCUUGGAGGACCUGCAGUUGACUCGUUACCAUUUUGCAAUGAAUGGCAAAUCAUUUUCUGUGAUACUGGAGCAUUUUCAAGACCUUGUACCUAAGUUGAUGUUGCAUGGUACUGUUUUUGCUCGUAUGGCACCUGAUCAGAAAACACAAUUGGUAGAAGCCCUGCAAAAUGUAGAUUACUUUGUUGGGAUGUGCGGUGAUGGAGCAAAUGAUUGUGGUGCUUUGAAGAGAGCACAUGGAGGCAUUUCUUUAUCAGAACUCGAGGCUUCAGUGGCAUCUCCCUUUACCUCCAAAACACCUAGUAUUUCCUGUGUGCCAAACCUCAUCAGGGAAGGCCGUGCUGCUUUGAUGACUUCCUUCUGUGUGUUUAAGUUCAUGGCUCUAUACAGCAUUAUCCAGUACUUCAGUGUUACUCUCCUGUACUCUAUUCUGAGUAACCUAGGAGACUUCCAGUUUCUUUUCAUUGAUCUGGCAAUCAUUUUGGUAGUGGUAUUUACAAUGAGUUUAAAUCCUGCUUGGAAGGAACUUGUGGCGCAAAGACCACCUUCCGGUCUCAUAUCUGGGGCCCUUCUCUUCUCCGUUUUGUCUCAGAUCAUCAUCUGCAUUGGAUUUCAGUCUUUGGGAUUUUUUUGGGUUAAGCAGCAACCUUGGUAUAAGGUGUGGCAUCCGCAUUCAGAUGCCUGUAAUACAACAAGAAGCCUAUAUUGGAAUUCUACACAUUUAGACAACGAAACUGAACUUGAUACACAUAAUAUACAAAAUUAUGAAAAUACCACAGUGUUUUUUAUCUCCAGUUUUCAGUACCUCAUCGUGGCAGUUGCCUUUUCAAAAGGAAAACCCUUCAGGCAGCCUUGCUACAAGAAUUAUUUUUUUGUUAUAUCUGUGAUUAUGUUAUAUGUUUUCAUAUUAUUCAUCAUGUUGCAUCCAGUGGCCUCUGUUGACCAGGUUCUUCAGAUAGUGUGUGUGCCGUAUCAGUGGCGUAUAACCAUGCUCAUCAUUGUUAUUGUCAAUGCCCUCGUGUCUAUUAUGGUGGAGAGCUUCUUCCUUGACAUGGUCCUUUGGAAAGUUGUGUUCAGUCGAGACAGACCAGGAGACUCCCGCCUCACCACCACACAGGCUCCACAGGAAUCAGUGGACCGGUGGGGGAAGUGCUGCUUAUCUUGGGCCAUGGGUUGUAGGAAGAAGAUACCCAAGGCCAAGUACAUGUGUCUGGCACAGGAGCUCCUGGUUGAUCCCGAGUGGCCACCAAAACCGCAGACGACAACUGAGGCUAAGACUCUGGUCAAGGAGAACGGAUCGUGUCAGAUCAUCACCAUCACGUAGCAAGGCGUCAGUCUCGGUGGGGUGCUCACAGCACUAUUCAGGAGAAUGCGCUUCGGGAUUUAUGGACGUUGGGAGCCGGGGUGGCACUGUUACAGCUUAUGUCCCUUCUGAUACAAGAGCUUUGCAUUAAAAUAAAUAAAUGACUAGCAGAAAAAGGUA